AUGCAGUCGGUAGCGCCCCCUCCUCCCACCUCGCUUUGGAAGCAAAAGGGCAAACACAUCAGUGCAACCCAACCCAAGAAACCUCGGAAACGAACAUAUUACAUGCGGAAAGAGGAACUUGCCAUUCUUGGCAAAGAAUACGAGGAGCUCCAGACGGAAAUGCAAAAAUACAAGCGGCAAAACACCGUUUUAGAGGACAAAGAAAAGAUGCGCCGCCUAGAGGAGGAGAACAGGGGAAUCCGAAGCGUUAUUCACGCGCAACGACUGGCAUUUGCCAAUACCCAGUCCAUGAUUGCGCAGUACAUGCGCGUGCAAGAGCACAGUCCUUUCGAAACUUUUAUCCAGCUGGGGAAAGACCCUGUGGAACGUCACGCCACGUUGCUAUCGCUGAAGAAAAGGAAAUUGCACGACGCGCUGCAGUUUCUAGUAGCAAGACGGAGAUUCAUGGACCCGUCGACAGCGUUUUCCGACAAUCAGAAGUUUGAGAAUGCACACGGAGAUUUCUGCUACAUGGGGUUCGAUGUGACUCCAUUUGCAGGUGUCCGAUCAGCACGUACAGUUUUUGACGUGCUGCAGAAUUUUUCGUACAAUUUAGAGAUAAGUUUGUCGGAGCUACUGGGAGAUAUUACCAUCAAGGAAAACGACGACCACUGGGACCCAUCAGUGUCGCAACAAAGAUUCGUUACGAACGUGGCAAACCUGGCAGAAAUGGAGACAAACAAUGCCCUGUUUGCAGAGUACUAUGAACGAAAUGGUCCGGCAGCUCUUGGCGUUGAGUUGCCAAAUGAAUCCGAGGAUUUAGGGGCAUUGGGGCAUGGAGAAGAGCUUGGUGUGCUAGCCUGCGACUUCGUAAAUGAAGACGAAUUGUAUCCAUAUCUGCCAGGCCGUCGAAUCCGCCAAGAUGUGACGGUUUUGAUGCUCGUUUCGACGUGUACGAGGCCCAAAGUGAGGCCUCCGAUGCAAACUGGACCCGUGGAAAUGGAGCAGCUGGUGAUUCUUACUCGCUGGUCACUUCUCCGGAUCCGCAAGUCGUCGAUUCACUUGCCGUUCGAAGCAACGCAACGUCUUCGCAACGGCAUCGAACAGGUGGGUGAGGCUAUGCUGAAUAACGUACGCUACGCUUUAUCUCCACGGGAACCAACCUUGCCUUCUGGAGAUUUGCCACCAACUGCCAUUCCUCCUGUGACAGCAGCCAUGUUACCGCCAUUUGGGGGUCUUCCUCCGCUCUGCAGAAGACAUUAA